AUGACUGGAGUGGAGUAUGUGGACGUAGCUCAGAAGCUCAUAGGCAAGAACAAUCGGAUACCCCAUCCAGUGAACCAUGUUGCAUGGUCACCCAAGGAGCAUGCCUUAGCCUACAGCAUGACUGCUAGUGGUGGUGGCAGCACUGAACCAUCGCCGAACAGUCUGGUAAACGUGAUGAAGAUAGAUGCUGAUAAUAAGACUUUACAGGACUGCCCUAUAGACUUUUAG